AUGACGAUCUGUACUUACAGCUCACGUACGCCUGCAUCAGAAGUGGCUAAUGAAGAUCUGUUGACGCAAGCCACGACGAUUGUACAGCGUAAGUACGGCGUCAUCGAACUGACCGACAUGAGACGGUGUCAAAAACUUAGCGUCGUAUAUGACACUGUAGACAGUAAGGAAGUUGGUGGAGUCGGUUUCCGUCAACACAAACCUGCACGAGCUGCAGAUAACCAAGAACUCACGUCCGUGCUCGCAAUGCUUUGCAGAGAGGCGAUAAAAGAAAACCCAAAGAGAGAAGAGCAGAAGUGUUGGUCGAACCUGCAGAGGCAGGACAGAGCAUUCGCUACGCCCGCCGGAACUUCGCCAAUAGUAAAAUAG